ACCUUCUAAAAACGCACGAACAGCGUCAAAAAUUCCAAAUGGCCACGACGCCAAUCCGUCAGCGUCUCCUUCCUUGCGUCCGCCGGCGCCGCCGCUUUUUCUCCGCCUCCGCCUGGUACACCCCGCCGGUGUGGUUCCGGAAUUCACCUCUCUGUGAUACAGACCCCAUCCUUACCGAUCUUUCUCAAGCCAUCCAAAACUCCCAAUCGAAAUCUAUCCAAGCAUCGCUUAAACAUCUCCUCCCUUCUCUGAAGCCCCAUCAUAUCAUAAACCUCAUCACCCAAAACCCUCACUCUCUCUCUCCUCUCUCUCUCUACAAUUUCUUCACAUGGCUGUCAUCUCCCGGCUUUUCCCCCUUCCGCCACACUCUCCACACCUACUGCACCAUGAUCCACUUCCUAUGUUCACACCAAUUAACGACAGAGGCCAAGACCUUGUUGCAGACUGUGGUUUCGAGGAAAGGGAAGGAUUCGGCGCCGGAGGUUUUCACGGCAAUAAUUGAAUCCAAAGGUACACUGAGAUCGGAUGCGUAUGUUUUCUCAGGAUUGAUGGUUGCAUAUUUAGAAUCCGGAUUUGCUCUAGACGCUAUUGAGAUUUUUAGGUCGGCUAGAAAGCAUAGAAUUAGGGUUCCAUUCGAUAGCUGUUGCAAGGUGCUCGACCAUUUGAUGAAGCUGAAGCAUUUCCAUUUAGUUUGGGAAUUCUACAACGAGGUUUUGGAAUGUGGUUAUCCUCCGAGUUUAUAUUUCUUUAACAAUUUGAUGCACAGAUUUAGCAUACAAUGCGAAAUUGAGGAAGCUUUAGCUGUUUUCGAAGCUAUCCGGAGAUGGGGUUUGAGGCCUAGUGUUGUUAGUUUCAAUACAUUAAUGAAUGGUUAUGUUAGGAUGGGUGAUCUUGAUGAAGUAUUUAGGCUAAAAGAAAAAAUGCAGGAUGAUAGAAUUCUUCCCGAUGUUUAUACUUAUAGCCUUUUGAUCAACGGGUUGUGUAGGGAGCGAAGAAUGGAUGAAGCCAGCGAGUUUUUCAAUGAAAUGUGGGGCUAUGGAUUGGUCCCGAAUGGUGUUACUUUCACUACGAUGAUCGAUGGGCAUUGCAAGAACGGCCGUGUCGAUUUGGCUAUGGACAUGUAUAAGCGCAUGUUGGCACAGGGAUUAUCCCCUGAUGUUGUUACCUACAAUUCCCUCAUUAAUGGCCUCUGCAAAAAUGGAGAUUUGAAAGAAGCACAUGAUCUUGUUGAUGAGAUGGACAAGAAGGGAUUGAAGCCAGAUAAAGUUACAUACACAACCCUAAUCGAUGGAAACUGUAAGGCGGGAUAUUUGGAUGCCGCAAUUGGGAUUAAGGAAAAAAUGAGCAAGGAAAGUAUUCUGCUCGACAAUGUGGCCUACACAGCUCUUAUUUCUGGUUUGUGUAUCGAAGGGCGAGUGGAAGAUGCUGAUAGAACGAUGAGGGAGAUGUUGAGAGUGGACCUCAAACCUGAUGACAAAGUGUAUACAAUGGUCAUUCAUGAGUUUUGUAAGAAAGGAGAUCUUCGAAUGGCUUCGAAGUUACUAAAGGAGAUGCAGAAAGAUGGGCGUAAAAUAUCCGUCAUCACUUACAACGCGCUCAUCAAUGGCUAUUGCAAACAAGGACAGUUGCACAAUGCCAAUAUGCUCCUAAACGCGAUGCUAAAUCUCGGUGUCAUUCCCGAUGAUAUAACAUAUAACAUCUUGCUCGAAGGCUAUUGUAGAUACCGCAAUGGCGAAGAUGUCGCCAAACUCCGUGGCGCAAAAGGGCUUGUUCUCAACUAUGCUUCAUACACUUCGAUGAUAAGUAGCUUAAGCAGUAAAGAAUCGAAGCACAGUUCCAAGGGAUGGUAAAUAUACUUCUAUUUCUUUUAUUUGAUUUUUUUUUUUUUUUUUUUUUUCGUUCGAUAAGGAUAUUUUUUAGUCUCUAGAUUUGAUGAUGUUCUCUGCUUUAUGACAUGUCGACUUGUCCUUGCACUUGUAUUGAAUUAAAUACCUUUGUUUAACAAAUACUAAUACAAUUAGGUAUUAUAAAUAGAGUUUUGCCAUUGUUGACACCAAACAAGCAAGAGGAGCAGCUCUGAAGCUUUGAUAUUAGCAUAAUAUUUUUCGUCUUUGUCCAUUGGACUGACAGUGGGUUUCUUUUUAAACUAAUGAAUAAA